AACCCCAAAACCAACACACCACUGCCAUUCUCCAUCAGUUUGAUUAUCUUUCUGCAAAAGCAGUUGCCUUUGCUAAUAAAGGAAGAAAAACACUAUAGUAGGAAGACACAUUCUGAAGACUCGUGGUGGCUCACUGGAACGGUGGUGUUAGAGAUCAUUUUCCUACCUGUUGAGUCUGUUUUGGAAAUGACUGUUGCCCUGGUUUUCUGCUUUCUCAGACUUGUGGAAUCUAAGGUGAGUUGUGGGAAACUUGAGGCUGUUUUGUAAUAGUGUUUGGUGUUGUAAGGACCUUGCCUUUCACCUUUAAAAAGCUGGAAACAACCCAAUUCGCAACUCUGUCAUGAUCAUGGAAGUUCAUCUAGUCUGUAAAUACCGAAAUACUUAAUUUUCUGGCCCUUUCCAGGCAGCUUCUGGAUUCUGUUGGCUGGUUAUGGGAUGUUUUCAAACCAGUAAUUUUCAGGGAAUUAUGCAGUGUUACAUCAGAAAAUGACCAAAUGGGCUUUGCUUUUGUCACUUUGAAAGAGCUGCAAAGCUUAAGUGAAAGAAAUUGGACAGAAAUUCAUAGAAUGAAAAUUCUCUGGUGACAUAAAGUACUGCUUUCAGGAGUUAGUAUCCAGAAGUUAGAAAGCAUACCCAAAAAUGUUUGGGUAUGUUAUAUUUAUUGCAAGAGUAUUAAUUUCUCCUUGAAAAUCUUUUUAAAAUAGGUGCUGAAGAGAAACUAUGGUGAAAACACACAUCUACACUGAUAGAUUUUUAGCUACUUUUUUUGAGGGGAUAGACAGGUAGUUUAGUAAAUAUCCUACAUUUAGAAGUUAGUUGGAAACCUUGAAGUAAAUGCCUACAUGUUAAGGUCUGGUUGCAUUAAUGGAAAUGUAUUUCCCAUUAUUUUUUUAAGGAAACUUCUUAACACUAUCCCCAUUGAAUUCAUUCUGUGAAUGUUGUUUUGGCAGGUUACUCACAUGCAAAAAAAUGGGGAUCUCUGCUUCAUCUUGGGCAAAUAAUCUACAGUAUUUAAUUUGCUCUUUCUAGGAGAAACUGGAGAAUGCGCUCUGAGGUUUUGUGGGUUUUUUUGAUCCUUUUUCCAAUGCUCAUCUUCAGUUCAUAAACAUAUUUAAGUUUAAUGGCACAAUAAGGAUUUUGGCCUGGGUGUGUAAAGCAGAUGUGUGUUUUUCUAGUGUGUUUAACAUAAUAGUGUUUCUGUUUGGGGAGCAGAUAAUGUGUGAAAUUAAACCAAAAUACUUUUUCCAGCUCUCCUUAUUCUGCAUUUUAUUUGAAAAGAUAUAGUUGUAGGAAGUACUCUGCUAAUGCAAACAAUGUGCAAGUUGAUGAGAAGUGUGGUGCUUUACAACAAGUUUUCAGUCUCUACUUUUAGUCAUGGACACCUUUUUUCAUUGCCCUGGGUGAGAAGUUUUUAAAUUGUGAAAUAUAUUUUACAUUCAUCUCCUCAUUUCUGUUCAUCCUUACCUUACAAACAUUUAGCAAGUUCCAUACAUUUGCUUCAGAUAUUACAAUUAUUGCAUUUAACUUCCCACUGAACUUAUUAGAGGGGAAAAAUUGCAGAGAUCCAAGUGUGUGAGUAAUUGCAUAAACUAUUUUUUACAUGCAGUCUCUGUGUUUCAAGUGCUGCUUCUGUAUACCGGAUGAAAAGAAAAUAGAAAUUAUAUCUUGCAGAUAGAACUUAUAAUAUGGCCUUAGUAGCACUUAUGCUUUGAAUUGCAUUAAAUAAAAGGGUUUGGAUUAAAUUAAAGAGAAGGAAGGGAAAAAAACACAAAAUGGGUAUUGUCACUGAUGUAAAGAUGUUCGUGUGUAUUUCUGUUCACCCUUCAGUACUGAAAUAUGUGGAAGAUCUGUCGUUGAAAUUCAGGCUGGUUUUGUUCUGAGUGGAUUAGAGCCCCCGGUACUUGGUGCUACAGACUCCUCGACAGCCCGGCAGAGCUAGAAGCACGAGAAGGGUGAGACACUGCACCAUGCGAGGACAGACAGACAUUUGCUUUGAUUAUCCUUGGGGUGGGGGAGAACAGCUGUGUGUGACAGCUGUCACUCUGCUCUCUGAGUGACUGGGUUGUGGGGACUGGAAUUUAAGUGCGCUGCGUGAAUACUUGCUGAAUGCGGGGUUGCGUUUUUCUCUGCUUCACCCGUACAGGCGAGCUCGGUGCCUGAAACUGUUUUAUGCAGAUAUAUAACGUGGCAUACGGCACCUGAAAAGCCCACGCAGUGCGGUGGAUUCAUUAAGUUCAAAAUGGGAAGCCUCGUACUCGCUGCAGGCGAUGCUUCCUUCACCUUUCACCAAACAGCACUUUUACCCUGAUAAAGGGAUCCUUGAAUGCCAGGCGCUUCUGGAACUAAACUUCAAACUGUUUGUGCUUGUGCAUUCAAAUGGUAUGCAACAUGGCAGCUCUGUUGCUGGAGAAAAGCUGCUUGGUUUCACUUCAAGAUUUCCCAUCAAGGCAGAGGAUUAUAGUAUAGAAUCACAGAAUCGACUGGGUUGGAAAAGACCUCAGAGAUCAUCGAGUCCAACCCUUGGUCCAACUUCAGUCCAUUUACUAGAUCAUGGCACUAAGUGCCAUGUCCAAUCUCAGUUUAAAAACCUCCAGGGACGGCGAGUCCACCACCUCCCUGGGCAGCCAUUCCAAUGCCUGACCACUCUCUCUGUAAAGAAUUUCUUUCUAAUAUCCAGCCUAAAUUUCCCCUGGUAGAGUUUAAGCCCAUGCCCCCUUGUCCUAUUGCUAACUGCCUGGGAGAAGAGACCAAUCCCCACCUGGCUAUAACUUCCCUUCAGGUAGUUCUAGAGAGUGAUGAGGUCACCUCUAAGCCUCCUCUUCUCCAGACUAAACAACCCCAGCUCCCUCAGCCUCUCCCCAUAGGUCUUAUGUUCAAGUCCCUUCACCAGUCGUGUUGCUCUUCUCUGGACCCGCUCCAGCACUUCAAUGUCUUUCCUGAACUGAGGGGCCCAGAACUGAACACGAUACUCCAGGUGUGGCCUCACCAAUGCAGAGUACAGGGGAAGGAUCACUUCCCUUGUCCUGCUGACCACGCUAUUUUUGAUACAGGACAGGAUACCGUUGGCCUUCUUGGCCACCUGGGCACACUGUUGGCUCAUGUUGAGCUUCCUCUCAAUUAGUACCCCAGUAUAGCUCAUAAAUCUGAAUAGUAUAUAUCACGGUGAAGACUUAACUGAAAUAAAUUAAUUAAAAACCCACCACAAGAAACCUAAAAACUAAACCCCACCCUUGAAAAAACUUACAUUGACUAUUUUAGGACAGAAUCCCUUUAAGCCAGCAUAGGAAGAAGCAGACUCAACUCAUAGGUGCUUUGCUAUAGGAGGUGUCGUUUGAAUGUUUUUUGAGGGAGUUCCAAAGAAAGAGGUAGGUGUUGGGCUGAGUAAAUACAAUUGUCCAGGGUAAGCAUAGUCAUUUUUCAGAUUGGAACUUGGGAAUGUUUUCAUGAGUUGUUCUGGCUCCUGGGCUUCUGUUCCCCAUCUGUUGAUGGAGAGUGGUGCCACACUCCUCCUUUCCAAAAGCAGUGAGAGGAGAAAUACCUUAAAACUAAAAAUGUCCGGUAUUGGGAUGUUCUUUUCCUUCCUGUGGCAGUAGUAUCUAUGAUAGCAUUGGAAAGCUGUAGAGGAUUACAACACUGCAGGUUUGGCUUGGCCUUGCUGAAAUGGAGUCAAAUACGGUGGUUUGUCCCACACUAUAGGUACCUUUAUAUAGUGGUAGGGUGCCUGUGGCAUCUGACAUGGACUGUGUUGUUUAAUGGGAAGUGUACUGUUUGUAAAGGGAGACAGAUCUUGAAAAAACUGCAGUAUUGAUCUGUGUGGAAAUGGGAAUCUGCCCCGAGUUCUGUGCCUGAUUGUGCCAUUUCUGGCGUAUGAAGAAAACAACUCUCCCACACUGAGUAUAGUUCAUUCCUUGUUUUUAGUACAUACAUAGAAACAGCAUAGUUAAGAAAAAUACCUGAAAAACCCAAAGCCAACCAAACAAAAAAAAAAUCCACACACAAAACUAAAGACAAUACAGAAAAUUAAGUAUGGCUAGUGACUGUUGCAACACUACAAGAAUUUUGUUUUCAAUUAGCUAAAACCAAUUUUUAAUAGUGAUAAAACCCUAGAAUGUAUAGAUUGCAUAGGAGAUGCCUCCUGGAAGGCUUUUUGUGUGCUGCUGUCUAGUGCUUUUCAAACAGCCGUCUGUCGACCUGCUUACUCUGUGAACAGUACUUGCUUACGUACUGCAAGCAUGUCCCUAGUGGCGGCAAGUGUGCUUCUUGUAUUCCCUUGGCUCUUGGGCUUUGCAACCACAGGUGUGCGACUGGGAGGUGUUUCAUACACGUGUGGAAGGCCGGGGAGAGCAGCUGUGGGGUAGUACAGAGCCUGGGGUAAUGCCUGUGAGGGAGAUUUGUAGGGCAGUGGUUAGAGGUUAGCGGCUCUGCUCACUUCUGGAAAGCAUGAUUUGUGUUUGAUUUUACUCUUUGUAAUUUCAAGCUAAUAUGAAAUUUAAGAUGAAGUUCUUAUUAUGUCUGGAAAUGGCUUCUUAUAAUUGUGAAAUGUUUCUUUGGUGUCUAGUUUGUGCUGGCCAGAGAGCUCCUUCCUGGAAUACAGAACCUUGCCAUGCAGCAUGCUGGGUCAGUCCAGUUCCGCUGGAGAAAUGACGUCGUGUUUGUUUUACCAAAAUGUUUUACACAUGUUCCUGUUGCUGGAUUGUUACAGCCUGCUGUGGAACCAGUUACCUGUUGGUCACAGGCAGCUGUUGUAAUGAGGCCUUGGGACACAGUUCAGUAGUACAGAGUGAAACUGUGCAGAGACUGGAGAUUUCUGAUCUAAACUGAGCUCUCUCAGCAGGAAAUCAUUUCAGGGGAACACAGCCUGAGUAGGUAUCAUCAAUGUGAUCUACGUGGAAAAAAAGCAAAUUAGUUGCAAGUAGACCUGUCUAGAUGCACUGAUAGCGACAAGGAAGGAGUAAAUUCAUUAUUCUAAGCUCUGAUGAGGCUCAGUGGAGUGCUCUGUAUAACUGUGUGAUGCUGUGUGUGUAAUUCCUGCAGGUGGGGAAACUGAGGCACUGUGAAAAGCAGCACAGCUUGUGAAGUAUGACAAGAGUGGUGGUCACGCAGUGUCAGGGCAGAACACAGUAUUGCUUGUCUGACAGCUCCUCCCUCAAAAUGCUUCCACGUGAGGAAGCGCUUAGUGCUCAACAGACCAAAACUUGCUUUUCAGUUACUGUUGAGUGAAAGCAAAUUGCUGUGAGGGGUAAGUUGUGGUAUGGAUAGACGUUGCUUGCUGUGGUUGCUGUGUCUUAGUUACGCAAAGGAUGGAUGUGGUAGUGAUGCAGUGCAAUGUCAUAUUUAUCUUUGAGCUUCUGUUUGGCCUCCUGUUGUGCUGCCUAGCUGUGCUGUCUGUAUUAUCCAUUUCCCAUUUUGGAGAUACUUCAGCAACACCAAGUCACUCUCGAAUUUAUAGCCAUCAAAAUUUCAGCAACAGUCUUUCUUUGAUACUUUAAUACUGUGCUGAACAUCCCCAGCUCAUACAAGGGUAAAUUGAGGUCUGGGUCUCUCACCAGCGAAGGACUAGGCUGGAAAAGAAAAUUCUUUUAAAUUUAUCAUCCUCCAGAACAGAAAUGUGAUGGACAAAUGCUGUAAAGGGAAGAGUGGUAACAGUGUAGAUGAAGAAGGGUGCGGUUGUGUGAGUGAGCUUCCUCCUGCAGAGGCAACAAACCUGGAGUUUUUAAAGUAAUUUAAAAGUUUUUCUAUGGACAUUUGGCAGUGUAGUGUUUGACCAUCUGUAGGGGAGGGCAUCCAGAAGGAGCCAGCUCUGCGUGCUGCUGUCCUUGCAGCUGUGCUAACAGCAAGAAUUAGAGGAUCAUUCUUUUCGUUAAAAACAGUGGGAGAAGCCAGCCAUGCUGAUCAGUCAUGGUGAGCAGGGGCUAGGUGUCUCCUUCCCCCAAAACCUACCCCUGAAACAUCACGUGAGCCAAGCAGUAGCUAAUUACAGUGUUUAUAAUGCCAUUAACCUUUAAUCGCAUAGUCCAUUAGCAGACUAAGCAUUAAAAAAACAACCAAAAAACCACAGCAAGCCCUGUCACGGUGUCCCACGCAAUUGCAUUUUGCCGCCCUCCCCCAGGACUUGAGGCUGAUGGCAGAAACCUCACGCGCAGGGAUGCUCAGGGUAAAAAGGUAUCAUGUCAGAAACUCGUUCCUCCAGGGCAUCUCUCUCUUGACAGCUGCCCUCCACAUCAGGGAGGACCUCCUUAGCGCUGAAGGAAAUGUAGCUUUAAAGGUCAGAUUAUCCAUCAGUCUUGUGGGAAGAGCCACUGAGGAAAAACUGACAGCUGUGGUGUUUGCCUGUUUACAUGGGUGUGAAGCUGGCCCUGAUUCUGUAAAUAAUGAGGUUAUAUUUAGAGGUAAAGUGCAUUAUGUCAGACCAGUUCCAGUGGUAAUAAACCAUUUAAUGAAAAAGCAUUAAGCAAGAGAACUUUUAAACUGUAAACAUCUUCCUACACUUGGCGCAUUAGGGUGCUUAAUCACCCCGGUGUGUGGUUUUUGGUGUAAUAUGUAUGCUAUCGAAUAACUGGCAAGCUGCUUGGCAUUUGUAUAGCAUCAAACAGCAGAUUACUUAGUCAGCCUGUGCAUCUAAAUAAUUACAUAUAAGAAAUACUUGUGGAAAUUAACCCUUCCAUCUUACAGAAAUAACCGUGGAGAUAGCAGCUAUUACUGCCCACAUACCGAUUGGUUUUGUUUCCCUAUCUAACCCUGAGGUAAACAGAGCAACUGGCACAGAAUAUGAAGUGUUUUCUUUACUAUUUAGUGCUUUUCAGUGGAUUCUGCUAACAGUUGCAUUGGCUAGUUGCUCCUGCUAAACUACGAAAUUGCUCAGGAGGGAACCGUUUCAGAACUGCUUGAGAGCAAACCAGAAGCGUAAUGCCUGCAUACAUAAAAUGUAUUUGAAAAGGGAAAAGUUAAAGCUCAGUGGGAAUUGUUGGUGAUCUGCCUCUCUUAAGAGGAAGUUUACAGUUUCCCUUUAUCGAUUAAUCUUAAGGGGAGCAACUCCUCAAGAUGAGGAGAACAAAAAAUAAAACGGAAAUUCCCGUGUGAUUUCAUUUUUAGUCUAUGAGGAAAAACAUAUAGGAAGGGGUACUAGACUCCUGGCCUUGUUCUUCAUGGUCUGUGGUAGCUGAUUGUCCAGACCUAUUUUAAGCUCCUUGGCUGUACAUUUUCCUCCAGAAGAAUGUUUAGUAUUCAAGGUCCCGAUGCCCAGCCAAAGCGUACCUGCGUGUCCUGCAGCUCUUCUGACACAGCAACACAGAGUUGAUCUAAAAUAUGACCGAAAUCUGACUGUAAGCACAGCCAGUCUGGAUGUAAAAGCCAUAUGUUCACCCAGACAGUGACCUGGUUGUUUCCAGGAUGGUUUAUGUUCUGUUUUAACCUUAAAAUAAUUGUGUUCCUGUAUCUUUGUAUUCCCUGUAGCCACCGGAGGAAGGUUGAGGUGGCACGUGCAGAUUCAUCCAAACCUGGCCCCUGUUUCCCACACACUGCGUUUAUCUGCCCAGCAGUGUAACCCCCUGCUUUUCAGCCAGACCCUUAGCAAUUAGGACACAAUCUGUCCUACUUAAGGUAUAAAUAAGCUGUUAAUGUUACUUAGGGAUUAUGUUAGGACACAAGGGGCUCAUUGGAAGGCAGGUUUGAAGAGCAGGCCUUGGGCCUUGCACCCCGGCCAGAUGUUUGGAUAAGGGGAAAGUUGUGGCUUCCCAGCCACGUGCACAGAGAGCAGCGGCAGCUGCUGACUACUGAAAUAUUCCAUGGGCCUUAUCAGUUGUUGGAAGUGUGUGUGCUGGGCUCCCCAGUUUAAGAAGGACAAGGAAUUACUGGAGGGAUUCCAUUGCUGGGUUAUGAAGAUGAUUAGGGGUCUGGAUCACCUUUCUUAUGAAGAGAGACACAGAGCUGGGCCUGUUCAGCCUGGAGAAGCUGAGAGGUGAUCUCAUCAAUGUUUAUAAAUAUCUCAAGGGUGGGUGUCAAGAGAAUGGGACCAGACUCCUUUCAGUGGUGCCCAAUGAUAGCAUGAGGGUCAACAGGCACAGACUGAAGCACAGGAGGUUCCAUCUGAAUAUGAGGAGAAACUUCUUUACCCUGAGGGUGCCAGAGCCCUGGAACAGGCUGCACAGAGAGGUUGUGGAGUCUCCUUCUCUGGAGACAUUCAAGACUUGCCUGGACACAUUCCUGUGCAAUCUGCUCUGGGUGAACCAGCUUUAGCAGAUGGGUUGGACGAGAUGAUCUCCAGAGGUCCCUUCUAACCCCAACCCUUCUGUGAUUCUGUGAAGGGUAACCUCCCUGUAUGUUUAGAUCAGGCACACAUGUCCAUGCAGGCAAUGGUCACCAUUAAGUUUACUGGCUUAGAGAAAAGGCUGACAGCACAGCUGGUCUUGGCUCUGUGGGCUCGUGUGUCAGGUGUGGUGUUAGAGAUAAAUAGAGAAAGGGAAAAAAAAGUGUCAAAAUCUCAUUAAAUGUCACUGUUAAUGCUUUGCUGUUUUCUUGUGCAGUUCUCUUCUAGCAUGAAUACAUCCUUCGUAUCGUCUACAAAUGCAGGGAGGUUAUCUCCAUUAGCCUGGUAGGAAAGACUUAGACUUUUUUUUUUUUACGUACUUCACUCUUGCUAAACAUUGCAGCAGGAGCCAAGCCUAAUCCUAUAGGCAUUGGUUUUGCACAGUGUGGUGAUUUGCAAGACUUGGCUUUGUUCUUGUGGUGAGUGACAGGAUUUUGGAGGGUCACAGGCGUCCCUGGGCAUGCAUGUACAUAGAUAUUCUGUACCUAUGUUUUUAAUAUCUGUUCAUAUAUAGAUCCAUAUUAUUCUCAACUCCCACUGCGUACUGUGGCAGCCACACAAUUUAGAAACAUGGUUAUGGUCUGGAGGGAGAAAGAAAACCCAAAGCAAAACAAACAAACAAACAAAAUCCUGCAACCUACAACUGAGGGUGCUAUAAGACUGUUCCUGGCCUUUCCUGAUCCUCUCUGUGCACCCAUCCAUCCCAAGCCCCUUGGCUCAGCCGACCCACAUGUCCAUGGUGGGCAGCUGCAUUUUGGUUGUCCUUUGCUCUUGCUUCUGACUUGCUUUGCUUCCUGCUGUGCUUGGGGGCUUGAAGGAGCUUUUGGGAAGGAAGCCAUGAGCAUGUUUAAAACUGAGUUUGGAUGAAAAGCAGGGUGGGUAGUACUAAGGACUUGAGGAGUACAUGAUGCAGUCUAAAAAUUUUCUGUAUUUACACCUUUGCUAUUUUAAUCGGGAAUGAAGUCAUUGAAAUGAAGUGAUUUAAUGUGGGCGAAGUGGAGUGGUUGGUGUUAUGGAAAAGAUUAAUGAAGUAUGCAGGGAACAGACCGACACAUUCAAACCAGGUACCAAAUACAAAGCAUAUUCCCAUACUGUUACUGUGCCUGCCUGGAAACCUUUACAGAUACCAUGAUAUUAAGAUUGCAAAGUCAUUAGAAGGGAGACUUUCAAAUAGUUUCCUGGCAAUGCUGAAUUACAGGCACUGAAACUGCUGCCACUAUAUAAAAUGCUCUGGCAACUACCUGACUUUGCAUGGGUUGAGGCUGGUGUCUGGCACUGCUUUGGGGAAGGGGAAGAAAAGGCUUAAAUCUGUCAGGAAAACGGCUGCCUCUUCGCUCAGCUGCUGAAGUAACAGCACAUUUUUUUUAAUAAUUUGAAUAUUGCAUGCUGCAUUUUUUUUUAGUCAUUAGUUUAUAAACUUCUUUCAUGGCUUGAGGCAAACAUCAUAAAUACUUCUUUGAGGCUAAAACCAACCUUUUCUCCAUGGCAGUUGUCCGGGGGAGUUUCCCUGGGACCCACACCCAGUGGUUGUGGGCAGGUGUGAUAUGUGUGUGAUAAGGCUUUCUGUGUGAUAAGGCAGCUCCUUGGCAAAUGCAAAUUGCUUGGUGUUUGCUUUGGGAUGCCUAGGUGGAGGGCAGGAGCUGGAGGGGCUCUUUGGGAUGCGGGUUUGCUGGCUGCAGGGCAGGUGGGGCUUUGAGCACAUAGAUGUGCAAAUCUGUGCAGACUUGUGCAGACUUUGGGCAACGCUUUUACCUGGCUAGAGUAGUAGAAAGGGGGCAGAGAGAAAAGGGAAAGGUCGCUUUCCUUUAAACUAUUUAUUUCUUCUUUUAAAAAUCUAUAUAUAUAUAUUUUAAAAGCGGGCAGCGGGUUUAUCUCUCCUGAGUCUUGCUUGUGCCUGUGCAGAGCUGUCCUGUCCUGACCUGGAGACAGCUCUGGGUGUAGCAACCUGUCACAUGCAGUGAAUCACAGGAUUGGUAUGUGCCUUUUGGUGGUUACUGCUUCGGAGUUAUGGCUGGGCUGGGUCGGGUUAGUUUGGGGGGUUUUGGUUUUUUCUAAGCUGUGGGAAACAAAGAGCAACGGGAUGUUGUAUCUUCACUUCUUAGUUUGUAUUGUUGCUUUUGUCAACACCUCCUUGGUUCCUGCUGUCCGUGUUUAAAUUACUCAUUAACGCUCAGACUGCUUUAGGCAGGGGGGACAAUGACCAAUCUGGAAAGCUGCAUAUUUACUAAACCUUUUUCUGGUAAAAACAAACCUCAAUUUUUCCCUGCUGUCAAAUGGAGAAGUUUGGUGUAGUGGAGGGAGCAGCAGUAAACAUAACCAUGUUCGGCUGGUGGGAGCAAUAGGCUUGUCUCCCUGGAAGACUCUGCUCCCUUGUAGUGUUUUGUUAUCUUGCUGAAGAUGCCUAUUAUGCUGAAAAGCGGAGCACUUUGCCCUUUCUGUCUCUUUUUGAACUUUGACCACUUGGUCAGGAUUGAUUAUAAACCCAGGUGCUAAUUACACUGCUUCUCAUUUCGCUGAACAAAGCUAUGUUGGCACGCUGCUUUGCUGUGGCCGGAGUCUCCAGGACAAGAUCCACAAAGUAAAAUGGUGGAGGAAGGAGCGAAGAGCUUACCUAUGGAGCUGAGCGAGAAACGAGGCGUGGAGAACAACGGAUUUGUUCAAAAUGAGGCUUUUGAUGACAAGGAGACCGAAACCAGUAGCCAAGAAGAAACGCCAAAAACAUGCAAUGUUGAUGUAGACACAGCGACUGCGGAGGAGUUGGUGUUGAAGCCCUACGCGGGCAUGCCAAAGGAAGUCUUGCUCAAGUUCUCCAGCCAAGCCCGGUACAGAGUCACCAGGGAGAUUCUCUUCUGGCUCAUAAUUGUUGCUGCCGUUGUGCUGGUGUGUGCUACGAUCACGAUUAUUGCGCUCUCGCCAAAGUGUCUUGAUUGGUGGCAGGCCAGUCCUAUUUACCAGAUCUAUCCUCGAUCCUUCAAGGACAGCGACAUGGAUGGGAAUGGGGAUCUGAAAGGUGUCCAAGAAAAACUGGACCACAUCACGUAUUUGAAUAUAAAAACUAUCUGGAUCACCUCUUUCUAUAAGUCUCCCUUAAAAGACCUUGGAUAUGGAGCUGAAGACUUCUAUGAUAUUGAUCCCAUGUUUGGAUCAAUGAGUGAUUUUGAGAAUCUGCUUGCAGCCGCACAUGAUAGAGGCUUAAAGGUGAUAAUGGAUUUAAUACCAAACCACACAAGUGACAAACACCAGUGGUUUCAGCUGAGUCGCAAUCGGACGGGGAAGUACACGGACUACUACAUCUGGCAGGACUGCGGGGAGGCUGCUGGUUCCAUCACUCCUCCAAACAACUGGGUGAGUGUCUUUGGGAAUUCCAGCUGGCAGUUUGAUGAUGUGAGAAAGCAGUGUUACUUUCAUCAGUUUGGGAAAGAACAGCCAGACUUAAAUUUUCGCAACCUUGCUGUCCAACAAGAAAUCUCUGAUAUUAUGAAAUUUUGGCUCAACAAAGGAGUUGAUGGAUUUAGUUUCAGCGCUGUUAAAUUUCUUUUAGAAGCAACGCAUCUACGGGAUGAGCCUCAGGUGAACAAGUCCCAGAAUUCGGACACUAUCACAGCCUAUUCCCAGCUCUACCAUGACUACACAACCACGCAAGUUGGUAUGCAUGAUAUCAUCCGUAGCUUCCGUCAAACCAUGAAUCAGUUCAGCAGGGAACCUGGACGAUACAGGUUUAUGGGUUCUGAUGGUGAGGAGAAUGAAGACAUCGAAGCAACAAUGAUGUAUUAUGGAACAAGUUUUAUCCAAGAAGCAGAUUUUCCCUUCAAUUUCAACCUAAUUAACAUGAAAAAUCUAUCAGGCAACAGUGUUUUUGAAGCUGUCGACUUGUGGAUGAAAAACAUGCCUACAGGAAAAUGGCCAAACUGGGCGGUUGGAAGCCCUAAUGCUGCUCGGAUUUCGUCUCGGAUUGGGAAGGAGUACAUCAAUGUUAUAAACAUGCUGCUCUUAACCCUCCCUGGUACUCCUGUGACUUACUAUGGUGAAGAAAUAGGCAUGGAGAACAUUGCGUCAGAAAAUGUGACCUUUCCAGAGAAAUCCCCCAUGCAGUGGGAUGGCAAAGUUAACGCUGGUUUUACUGAAGGCAACAGUAGCUGGUUACCUGUUAACUCUGACUAUCAAAGUGUAAAUGUUGAAAUCCAGAAGGCCUGGUCCAACUCGACCCUGAAUUUGUACAGAGAGCUGACUUCACUUCGCAACAAUGAGCUGCCCAUCCAUCGGGGGUGGAUGUGCUACAUCUGGAACGACAAUGACAUCUUUGUGUAUGUGCGGGAACUGGACGGCUUAGACAGAGUCUUUAUGAUGGUUCUCAAUUUUGGGCAGGAAUCGACAAUAGACCUGCAAGCUAUAGUUCCUAGCCUUCCAUCUGAAGCUGUUACAAGACUAAGUACUAAUUUUAGCAAUGCUGGUAAAGCUGUCAAUACCAAACUAAUUAAAACUGAAGUGGGAGAAGGCCUGGUCCUUGAAUAUAAAACAAAGAAGCCUGUUCAUACCAUGCAAGCUUUUCAAGGAAAGUGUUUUGUGGCAGAAAAAGCUUGUUAUUCCAGUGCCUUCAAUUUACUCUACAUGAACUGCUAAGUGCAGGAGUAGAUUAACCAAGGCUUUCAUGUUAAUUCAGAAAAUGUUUGGUUUAGGGAAAUGCUAAAAAUCUUUAGUUUUCUUUGGCUUUUAAAACUAUACAAAAUAAUCAUCCUGAAAAAUAGAUACUUAACUGUCUUGCAUCUGUAUUAGUGCUGGAAAGUAUGGAGUAAACCCUCCCUUAGGGUCUGUGGAGAAGAAAAUUAAACCUGUUCUAAAAACCUG